AUGAAUCGACAUCAACAAUUAUUUGAAAAUGGUAGUUUAGUUAUGGGAAAAUGGCCAUCGUCAAAAUUGUAUUAUAAAGCACGUAUACUCCAUUACGAUGGUAAAUUAUAUACCUGCCAAUUUUUAGAUGGUACAAUCGUUGCAUUAAAACCCGAAUACGUUGAUUCACCAGAAAAAUUUCGACGUUCCUCACAAACACAGCAGUACAAUGACUUAGCAAAUAGAAGAGAUUUAGAAACUCUAUUCGUAAAUCCUCUACAGCAACCAAGAAAUGAUCAUGCUACUCGAACAACAUCAGCCAAUGUUGAGCAUGAAUUACCAUUACCAACAAAAAAUGGUACAAUUCCAUCGUUGCUGGCAUCGUCGUUUUGGAUACUUAUUUAUGUUUACAUUCAAUAUUGGCUAUUUCAUACGGAAAAUAUAAACAUUGAUUUAAUGUCACGUUGGCCAUUUGUUCAAAAACCAUUAUCUAAUCACAUUAUUAUUCGUAUUUAUCGUCCAAUUGUUAUAUUUCGAUAUUUAUGCAUAUGGUUUUUGUUCCAAUUUCUAUUGGCACGUUUUCUUCCAUUUGUUGGACAAAAACUAUUUUAUACAAGAACGGAUCAAACCUAUUAUUAUAAAUCGAAUAGCUUAUGGGCAUUUAUUGUAACAUUAGGCAUUAUUUACAUUGUCAGAGAUCGUCUACCAUUAAAAGAAUUAGUUUGUUCACAAUUUUUAUUUUCAUUAUUUAGUCUUGGAUUUGCAUUCGUACUAGCCAUUGGAUUUCAUAUUUGUUCAAUUUAUCAGAAACAGAGGCCAAGAAUAACGAAUAUCCAUGCAAAUAUUAGUGAAACAAACGCAAUUUCUGUCUCAUCCACUACUUAUUAUGAUUCUUCAUUAUUUUUCUCUAUGCACGUUCAAUCAAUUGUGAUAUUGAGUAGUGAACGUUGUUUAAUAACAUAUGGGCUAUGGUCAAUGUGUCGACAUCCUUAUUUGUUAGCUGAAAUUCUCAUGGUGACGUCGUGGACCAUUCCCGCUGGUUUCAGACAUUGGCUACCAUGGUUAUAUCCUGUUUACAUUACUGUCAUGGCUGUUUACAAGGCAAAUGGUUAUGAUCGAUUAUUAAAAGUCAAACAUCCACAAACAUGGCUAAAAUAUGAAAAACAAGUGAAACAUACGAUUGUACCAUACAUUUAUUAA